CUCCAAAAUCACUGAGGAUGGUGACUGCAGCCAUGAAAUUAAAGAUGCUUGCUCCUUGGAAGAGAAGCUAUGACAAACACAGAGUAUUAAAAAGCAGAGACAGGCUUGGUUCUCAUGCUUGCUGCUGGGGUCAGAGGUCAGAGUGAGUGUCUCGAAGGCCGGAGAAGAAAGAUGGUGGUGCAGUUGGGCAUUACCCAGGAGGAAAUUAAGAAGGAGCCAGAGAAGCCCAUGGAUCUGGAGAAGACCUGCCCACUGCUCCUGCGCGUCUUCACCACCAACAACAGCCGCCACCACUGCAUGGACGAGUUCUCCCGCAGAAACGUGCCAUCCAGCGAGCUGCAGAUCUACACUUGGAUGGAUGCAACCUUGAAAGAAUCGACUAGUUUAGUAAAAGUCUACCCAGAAGCCAGAAAAAAAGCCACACACUUCAAUUUUGCAAUUGUUUUUACAGAUCUUAAAAGGCCUGGCUAUCGAGUAAAGGAGAUUGGCAGCACCAUGUCUGGGAGAAAGGGGCCUGAUGACUCCACGACCCUGCAGUCACAGAAGUUCCAAAUAGGAGACUAUCUGGACACAGUGGUCACUCCUCCAAAACGGGCACCACCUCCUUCAGGGCGCAUGAGAACGUAUUAAAUUGUACUUGCUUUUUCUCGAAUUUAUUUUCCAGUCAGUUAUGUAAAAUAAACUUUCACUUCUUCCUCCCCUCCUUAUUGCCAUUAAGCCUUUAAACUCUAUAAACAAAUUGUAAUGCAUCUAUUUAGGAAUUAGAUUUGGCUUUGCUAUGGUAUAUUAAUAGAAAGUCCAAAUAUUUCAAGUUCUUCUGUAAAAUAUGAAAAGUGCUCUUAGCAUUCUAUGUAAAACUGUAUUGUUAAAUAUAUGUUGCAAUCAUC